AUGAAGCUGAGGACGGGGUCCUUCCUGUGGUGCCUCUACCUGGACAAGCUGUACUGCCUGCUGUCCGUGAGGAACGUCAGGGCCCUGGUGGAGUACUUCCGCCUGCUGGACGCGCACCGCAGCCGCACCCUCAACGAUGUGCUGUUCUACCACUUCCUUCAUCACGUGACUAACUGGACCAGGAGACAGAUCAUGAAUGUGUUCAACAUGCUGGACUGGGAGGCUGUGGGCGAGAUCGGCUUUGACCAGUUCUACAUGCUGGUGUGCAUCGUGCUGGCGCACGAGAACCACCUGGAAGAGCAGUUCAUCUUCCGGCACUCGCGGCCGGUGUUCGAGCUGCUGGACCUGGACGGGGAGAUGAGGAUCGGCGCGGAGAGCUUCCAAAAGUACGACUUCCUCUUCAACAUCAAAAAGCACGACCUCCGGGAGUUCUACCGGGACUUCGACAUCACCGGGGACUGCCACCUGAAUUACAAGGAAUUUAAGCUGUUUACCAUCUCCACCAUGGACAAGUACCAGGAGAAGCAGAAAGAAGAGAAUGAGAAUGAGGAAAAGAAGUCUCUGCUCUCGGAAUCUACCGCAUAA